AUGACCUCUCGCAAACCCCGACGCCAGAACAAUCACACUACAACCGACUAUGAAUCAGACACUGCAUAUUAUUCAGACAUGCCGCAAGCUGCACCCCCGCUCCGUUCCAACGAGGAACUGAACCUCUCAGUGAUCCGCCGCCACAAGCCCUCCGUGACCUCGAUCCUCUCUCUCGCCCCCUACGCAGUCGUCUACAUCUUCAGCCCAACAACAAAACAAUGGGAAAAGAACGGGGUUGAAGGGACCCUAUCCGUCUGCCAGCAAACCCAGGGCGACCUAGGUGAAGAACGCUACAGCGCGUUCGUGCUCAAUCGGCGCGGACUCAACAACUUCGAUCUCCCUCUAACGGACGGCGAGAAUGUCGAAAUCACCGACGAAUACGUGAUUCUCAAGGCAGACGAGAGCGCUGAAGGCGAAACGGGUCAGAAUGGCAUUGCCGACCCCUUGCACCCACAGAACAUCGCCAGCAACAACCAGAGCGGCAACAACGUCCGCAUCUACGGUCUCUGGAUCUAUUCCGAGCCGCCACCGAACUCGACCGCCGAGGCUCGCACCAUCAAUGCUCAGAUGAUCCGCGAGUGCGCUACCCACGCUGGGCACAGUAUGAAGCUCGCCCGUGAGCGUCUCGAGGCUAUGCGCCAGUCCAAUAUGCAUGUUGCUGCCGCUGCAGCUUCGACACAGCCCGCCCCGCUGGAAGAGAUUCAGGCCAGUGUGCCCAUGGGACGACAGGUCUCGUUGAAGGAAUUGUUUGGUCAACAGCGCGCUCAGGAUGAUGGAUGGAGUGUACGUGCGCAUCAUAUUAGCCCCGAGCAGCUGGCUCAGCAGGCUGGUUAUCAGAAUAUGAUGCAUCAGCAUAUGUCUGCUCCUCAUCCGCCGCCACAGCCGCAGGCAGAUGUGCUAGGUGAUCUAUUUCGGAGGGCGGGAUUGGCGUAUCAAGGGAAUGGACAGGGAUAG